GACCACACGCCCAGCACCACCAACGGCAGCACAGCACCGCCCCGCUACCUCCGGGCAUGUGACAACUGCCGACGCCGGAAAGUCAAAUGUGACGGCACCAAGCCCUCAUGUGCGCACUGCCAGCGGGUGGGGGCAUCGUGUCAUUAUAGCAUCAAGCCCAAGUCGCGG